GGUGGUGACGUUAGAGAAAGACGUAUAUUUUGUAUACAAAUAAAUAAACUGUUUUAUUUAAGCUUCACUGUAGAAAAUAUUAAUGAAAUAGUGCAACGAUCAUUCAUUGAUUUAAAUAUACAGUUAAGGAUCAGGUGUGUUUAAAAGCUUUGUGAACUAAUAUCGAUUUAACUGGAACCAUAAUUCGGAGAUGGCUCUAAGGCAAGAGACCGCUCCGGCGUUGACGCCUCCGCUGCUGCAUGAUCCUUUCGGCGUCGCGGCGGCGACCCUAGCCGACGAACAUUUUGAGGAUGAGUUUGAAGAUGCUACAGAUGAACACCCACCCGCGCAAACUGCUGAUUUACACACUUCCUUCGAGGACUGCGAGGUGGCCAUUAGAAAAUUCUUUAAUAAUGAUUUAAUUGGUGCGACGAACAUGAUGAAACCCUGGGAACGCACGUCGCUUUACCACAGCCUUGGCACUGCCAUGUUCGAGUUUAUACCAGCAAUGUUGACCUUCGACCACGCACAAAUCAAUCGGACCCUGGCCGCACUCAAAGUAGCCAUCAAUAUUUGUAACCAGCACAGGAAAAAUUACACCUUUGUAGAGAGCAUCGGCACAAUUAUCAAAAAGCCAAAUUACGCCACAUAUACAGAUUUGGAAGCCCACGCUGAGCUGUGCUAUGCAGAAGCCUUACUACUUCAAGCAGCAAUGACUAUUAUGGACGGAGAAGACCUCACAGGGCUCAUCAAGGGCACUAUCAAGGUCAAAAAUUGCUACACCAGUUACAAGGAGUGCGCAAAAAUAUUAGAAAAGAAGGAAUGGGAGACAGAACUAUCGAGAGUGCAGUUCCGAAGUGGUGUGCGCCUGGGCAUUGCCACGUUCAACGUGAUGAUAUCCAUGUUACCGCCUAAGAUUAUAAGCGUCUUAGAAUUCGUGGGAUUCUCGGGGAACAAGACCGUUGGAUUGGCAGAGCUGGAGGCGGGGUCGAACGAGCCAGGCAUGCGGUCGGUACUCUGUGACCUCACCUUGCUGGGCUACCACCUCGUCAUGUGCCAUUUCAUCGGCGCACCAGGCGACCUGCCUGUCUGCGAGAGAAUACUGGACAGACAGCUCAAGGUGUACCCGCAGAGCGUUUGGUUCCUGAUGUUCAAGGGUCGCAUCGAGCUGCUGCGCGGGCAGUUCGACGCCGCCAUUGAGUCGUACAACCGCUCCAUCAACAGUCAGAAGGAGUGGCGCCAAUUCCAUCACGUCUGCUACUGGGAGAUCAUGUGGGUCAACAGUUUGAAAAUGGACUGGCGUGAGGCGGCAUUGUACGCGAAUAAACUUAUAGAGGAAAGUUCGUGGUCAAGGACCAUUUACUCUUACUCUAAAGCGGCUAUGUUAUUACAACUGAAUGAUAUCACGUCUGCAGAGAAACAACAAUGCAAUGAUCUCAUGAGGAACGCUUCUUACUAUAAGCAGCGCAUCGCCGGCAAAUCGUUGCCGAUGGAGAAAUUCGUGAUCAAGCGGUGUGCGCGGUACCAGGCGCAGGGGGGGCGGCUACUGCUGCCUGCCAUCGAACUGCUGUGUCUGUGGAACAUGUUCCCCAUCCUCGCCAAGAACGAGAGGAACGCGCAGAACGUACUUAAGUUGAUCGAAGCGACGAGCCAGCAAAUAGAUCGCGACCCGUGCGACUGGAUGGCGGGCUACGAGAUCGACAACCGGGCCCUGCUGUGGUUCCUGCAGGGUUGCUGCCUCGCUGCCAUGAACCUGCCGCGGUUGGCCCUCGACUCCUUCAGCUCAGUACUACAACUCAAGAACCAUAUCAAGGAAGACACGUUCCUACUUCCGUACACCGUGUCUGAGAUGGCGAUGUGUCACUAUCAGCUCGGUGACAAAGAUAGAGCACUGCAGAUGCUGCAGGAUGCCAGGAAGAAGUAUUCUGGAUAUUCCUUGGAGUCACGAUUGCAUUUCCGCUUGCACUCAAAGCUGGAAAUAGUGAAGAACGGUACAAGCACCACUGCAAGUCCUGCCACUUCUUAAGUUCACACGUAUACCGACCGAAUCUCAUAUUUAUUGCGCAAAUGCAUUUAACUCGGCUAUAGAGAAUUUCGUGGAACCUCAUUCCACCAUUAUAUUCAGUGUACCCAUAGUAAAUUAAUACAAUUGAAGAAUGUCAUAUUUAAUCUUAUUAUAUCUGUGUGAACAUAAUAAUCAAUGUUGUUUCAACAAAUUAAAUGUUAAGUAUAUUCGAUAUAAGACUUAGAUUAAAAUACGAAUCUUAAAAUAAGCCGCUGCACGUAUCCUACCUAGUACUGAACAUUGCUUAUUUAAAUUUGGUUUCUUAUAUCAUAUUCGUAUUUUGAUCUCAAGCUUACAGUGAUGAUUAAUUAGGUUAGAUUAAUUUAAAAAAUGAAUCAUGGUAUGUAUUAGAAGAGAUAUGUUUUUGUAGAUAAUAAUUUCCAUAGCCCUAGUCUGAGAGUACAACAUUAACGCAAUUAAUUAUUAUUAAUUCACUCUCUGCAUAUCACUAACUUUAGUUGAGUUUACUCAACAACUACUUCUUAUCGUUUUUUGGUUUAGUAUUACUAAAUAUUUUAAUUCCUGUCUAGCUUUUUUGUAUUUCUUGUUGAAAGAACCUAGUUCAAAUUUAUUAUUGUUUUCUUUAGUGUAAUUAAGUCAAAAUAUUUAUUGAUAUAGUUUGGUGAAUACGUUAGUAACACGCCCAUGACCCGCGGGUAGCGCAAGCACCGGACGGAGUGGAAUAGGUUUGUGAACGUGGAGCAGCAGCAUGUGAAUAUUUUUAUUACCAUUAUAAUAUUUUUCUCAUAAGAAAUGUUUUUAAUGGCACCGGGACCACCCUCUUAGCCUUCACUUUUGACAAUUACGCCUGCACACCCGCGUAUCUCAAACGAAUUUACCAAGCUAUGUUAGGGCCUUGCAAACCGUUGCAUGCGAGUGCAGAUAUGCGCGAGUUUUCUGUUCUCUUAUAACUUAUGUAUUAAUAUUAUAAUCUUUCACAGUUAUAGUGAAUUUACAAAUAGUAGACAUAUUUCUGUAGUAAUUUAUCAUCCACAAUAUAUAUGUGAAGAUGUUAAAUUCGUGUAUUCAAGUUCAAACAGUAUAAAAUUAAUAAACAAUACAAAUUAAUAAGUGUUGUGAUAAUGGAUCUGAAUGUAAUUUCUUGGCUGUACUGUAAUGUAGUAAACGUAAAUAAUAAUAAUAUAUGUAUCUGCGAUAACGCGAAUAUUGCGUUUCUUAUAGUAGAGAUAUGCUUAUUUCGGUUCAGGGUAAUGAAAUAAUUAUAACGUUUAGGAAAUAUCUUCCUCUUUAUUUAUACAAUAUUUAUUUAUGAGUGAUACUCAUUAUUUAUGAGUGAUGUUCGGCAGAUUUUUUUAUAAAUGUUCAGGCUGCGUUUCUCGAUGAUAUAUCCGUCUGGUUUCGUUAUUUAAUUUUCCGUCCAUUUUGUGUAUAUGUCACGAAACCUGUAGCAGUCACGAUAAUGUUUGCCCUUCGAAUAAUGCAUGUUGUUGACGCCAGAGUUUACAUUAAUUACUUAAUAAAUAUUAUUAAAAUAUAAAUAGGUCUCGAUCACCCAAAGCAGUUGAAAUAAUUUAAGAUCAUUGAAAUUUUCGGUCGUUCCCGAUGUUACAUUUCCUUGAGUAAGGUUCAUACAAUAGGUCAAAAUUUUGCUUACUUACCUAUUUCUGUCGCCCAAUACGGUUUUGUAUUAAGGUUUCGUAAUUUAGUUCCUCCACUAUGUAAUCUGUUGUACAAGGCCUGUUGACAUAGUUUUUCCCCCAAGAACCUGAAAUAUAGAUGUAUGCGACAAGUUACUAAACUAGCGAGUACAAGUUCAUCUGCCGGGAAACGCAACCUACAACAAAACACUGCUAGGGGCGGAAUAUUCAACGUUCUAAUUAUGUGGAAAAUACGACUAUCAAAAAAUCGCCCUAACUCUUUUAGGCUGUGUUCAAACCAAACUGACUGUCAGCCACCGAAUGUAAGUGAUCGUUACUCAGUUUGUAUUUACAUACAUAGUCACUUUUUCGACGAGUCGAUACGUUAUACGUAACAUGCAUAGAUCCUGACAUUCGGCGGCUGACAGUCAGUUUGGACUGAACGCAGCCAUAGAGCUUAUUUUGAAUUGAUAACAUACCUGCUUAGCCACAACGUACAUCUGGUCACUUUAUGAAAUACUCUCUAGCUUAUUGUAAUGUCACGCGACCCCCUUUUCUGAGGGUUUAAAAAAUCCUAAAUUGACCUUAUUGGACACGGUUGACCUGGAAUACGAUCAUGUCAUGAUGUGACCAGAUAAACGAUGUGGUUACGACUAACACACAAUUAUAUUUUUGUAAUUUGCCUAUUUGUUACUACUUAAUUCCUUCAUCUAGAUAUUUAUUAUUUUGUUCUGUAAGUUAUAUUAAUUUAUCUUAACACAGGUAUAGUUAUCGGCACGAAUCUUGAGCGCUGACCUUCACCUGCGCAGAAGUGAUUUAUUAGCAAUGAACCAAUCCCGAGUGACGGCUAUGACGCGAUGCGCUGCAAAGGGACCCAAUAAAUCUGCGCAGGUGAAGAUCAGGGCUCAAGAUUCGUGCCGAUGAUUAUAAUUAAUUAGUCUUUUGUACAAAGGUUGUUAUUUUUGGGCAGUUGUUACUUCUUCCAUUUUGAAUAUUGAUUCGUUUUAUUUUUAAGGGUUUAUAAGGAUACUAUAAUUUAAUGUUAUUUUUUAAUGGUGAGGAUACAGAGAUAUGGCCAAUGAAUGUGUUAUAUCGUAAUCAGUACAAAUACAAAUUAUUAGGUUCGUCGUUCACAAAUAACACUAAUAUCCGAUACACGGCGAUAUUUGCCUUUAAGCGACAUAAACUUACAAAUUCGAUCGUUCCUACGUCACAUGUUCUCGUACUCAAGCCAUCGAUAUUAUUUUUGCGCUAGGUGCCUAGAUAAAUCUAGACAAAUCUAAUCUUGUAUCGGAUAUUUGUGUUGCCUUGUCUUCGCAUGACUUACAUCUAGCUAUUGCCAGAGUGGAAUAUUGUUAUCUAUCCACCUUGAUGUACGAAAAUAUUCACGAAAGCAUUGUUACUGGGCUGUGAACGAAACUGAAAGCAGGUACAAAUAUAAAAGGCUCAAAGCUCAUGCUUGAUAUUUAUCCGUAAAAGUUUACUCUGACAGAGUGUUAGGUAGCCAAACGACGAUAAACAAUCAGAGGACAAGUCUCAUAAAAUUUAUAGACCUUUAACGUUAUGGUGAAUCCUUUGACAGUUCAUAACUGAUAGUCAUAGUGAUGAAACCUAAUGUAUUUAAUAGAUUGUUUUAUAAUAUCGAACGAAUUGGCAAAUUCCUAACUUGCGUCAA